AUGUUGCUCAAACCCGCAACACCCCUCACCAUCUUGCUGCUGAUCGCAUUCGCCCUCCUCUUAUUGACGUGCCUAUCCACCCCCAUCGUCAAAGGCAUCCCACUGGCGACCUUUAAGAAUGUCGACUACGGUGUAUUCGGCUAUUGCCAAGGCGAUCAAUGUACCAAGAUUCAUGUGGGAUACACGGGGAACAAUAUAGAUAGCACCGGCGGCGACUUCAACCUUCCCUCUAGCACUCGAAAAUCGCUUUCCUCGAUCCUGAUCGUCCAUCCAAUAGCAGCAUUCCUCAAUCUCGUCUGCCUCGGCCUUGCCGCUGCCGCGCAUUUCCACGCUCCGUCACAUUCGCCGCGCUUCCUGCUUGCUCUGCUCAUUCUGCUCCUGCCCACCCUUCUGGUGACUCUGCUCGCAUUCCUGGUUGAUGUUUUGCUCUUCGUGCCACAUUUGCGAUGGGGUGGAUGGAUCGUACUGGCAUCCACCAUUAUCCUCGUCUCGUGCGGAGUGGUGACUUGCGCCAUGCGCCGUACCCUCGUCAGUCGCAAGGCACGGAAGCGUCGCAUUGCUGAGAACGCAGAGAUGAGCGGCGAGAACUACUACAAUCGACAGAAUGCAGCGGCUGCCGCCAUAACUACUGCGCCAGUCGCGACGGAAACCAAGGAGGCCAUGGUUUCUGGGUCUCCCACCUCGGAAUCAGGGCCAACAUUCGCCACUUUCCGUACGGAGACCCAGACCAGCGACGAUGACCGUACUCCGCUUAACUCUCGCAAUGCCAAUGCAAUGCAAGACGUCCCUCCGCCGCCAGAUUCCCAGUUUCCCAAUCGAUAUGGGUCUCCGUAUCGCUCUCAGGAAGACGCCGGUAUGCCCCCUGCGGGCCCGUAUGGUAAUCCCCAGAUGAUGCGCAGCCCCUCGGAUCCCAGAUUGCGCCCCCAGUACUCUGAUGGAAGCAUGGGUUCUCGACGCGGUGGAGGCCCGCCCGGGUUUGGCCCGCGCGGCCGGGGAGGAUAUCCUCCUCGAGGUGCUUACGGACGUGGUGGCCCUUACAUGGGACCGCCUCGGGGUCCUCCUGGUGGCCGCGGCAGCUACAUGGGAGGCCCACCACCGCGUGGCCGUGGCGGCAUGAUGCCCGGCCGUGGAGGCCCCCGCGGUGCUCCUGGUUAUUCGGCUGGUCCCAAUCGCAGCUUUGACUCCUAUGGCCGGCCCAUGGAUGACCACUAUGAUCAACCCGGAAUGGCGCCGGGCGGCCCAAUGCGCGAACCAUCACCGGGACCGAUUGGUAUGGCUGUGUCUGCAGAUAAUGUGGGUCAAGCCAUUGAAAUGCAGCCUCAAAUGCGCCGAAAUGACCAGUAUGAAUCGGAGCCGUCGAUGGGCAAUGGGUCUCAUCCGCACGCGUUGUCCGUCGAUGGUGCCCACGCGCCUCUCGAGAGCCCAACAAGUCUUUACAGUCGUACUGACUCCUACGUCCCUGCUCGUGCUGGAUGGGGUGCCCAGGAAUCCAGCCUCGCUCCACGCCCGUCUCCCUCGCCCGUCCACGCUGGUGCUGGGAAAACUUCCACCAACUAUUACGAAGACGUGGACCCACGCUUUGCCCGUCGACCUUCACCACAGCCGAACUCGUCGCUUCCUUCUUCUCUCACCCCCGGAGGUGGUCAUUUCUGA